UGUAUUAAAAUGACGAGAUUACGUGAAUUACAUCAAGCUGGAGAGAGUCUGCCACUGCGUGGUAACUUUGGGAGUAAUGUUAGCCUGGAUAGGUUUUCUGAACGUAAUUUACAUGGUCUAAAUUCAAACGAACAAAGUUGCAGGAGCAUGUGCAACGAAUGCAUGGCCAGAGUGCCAUAUGCGACUCUUAUAGCGACCAUUAUGUGUUGUCUGGGAGUUGGAACCUUCUGUGGAACCAUGUACAGAGGUGCAACGUUGUGUGCUCUUAUGAUGGAUCAGGUGUUUCACCUUCAUCUUGGAUGGUUGGAAGCGGUGCAGUUAGUGUUUGCAUCAGUCGGAGCGUGCAUGGCAGCUUUAGGAUUCAUGAUUCUGUGUGUUGGUUGUCUUGCAACUGGUGCUACGAGGCACAAAGUCUAUCGUGCAUGGAGAUCCCGAGUAGGUGGACGUAUAUCCUGUGCUGUUUUUAUGACUAUCAUCUACAUUUUGCAAAUAGCUUGGCUUCUGAUAUUUGCAUUCCUGGUUAUUACAACGCUAAUAUUCACCAUAUUCUGGAAUUUGUGCAGCAAUCCACGUGUUCAAUCUCUUGAUGACUGCAUUGAUUUUACUCAAUUCAGUUUUAUGUUUCCAAAUAACACACGGGUACAGGACAUGCAAGUAUGUGGGCCUCAAGAAGUCAAGCUGUUUUGUAAGGAUUUUGUGGAGAAGGCUGAGGUGAUGUUCAUCUUGGCGACCGUGGCGAGCAUGCUUGUGAUUCUAAGCUUGAUUCACUACCUGAUGUGCUUAUCUGCUAAUUAUGCACACAUACGAGAUCAUGAAAAGUUCCAGGAACUGCAGGAAUUACAGUAUCUACAGGAUGCGACCGAUCCAGAUUCUCCUCAGUCGGGAAUGGGUACUCUCGGCUCUCAUCGCGGUAAAGAUAGGUUCUAGGAUACGGCCCGCGAGAUCUUCACCAUGAACCCCUUGUAAGGAGCCUACCGUGUAUUUGAGUAUCUAUGUAGGUCAUCCUUAUGAUUGGAAAUCUCUUCCGGAUACUACUUCGUCUUCUCUAUGUAACUAAAUUCGGUAUUCUGCUCAUAACGGUGUGUCUAUCGCCAACAGUAGUCUACUGAUUGGAGGAUCUUGCGGGAAUCAACUCUAUGCCGUCCAUUAUAUCUACGACUGUCGUAUGUAAGCAUCGUUUUUUUUUUAUGUAAAAAAGAUGUUAUUUUAUUGAAGCAUGUAUCGGUUUGUCAUAAGAUUUUCAUUUCUAACGCGGAUCGCUCGAUUAAAAUCGAGAUCAUUUGCAGAGUUUUAGCUCACGACGAAUGUCAUUCCAUAAACUUGUAUUAGUAGGAAAAGUAUUUGAAAUCUAUCCUGUGCAUGUUGAAGUGUACAAGAUUUCAGCGUAUAAAGAUUUUUUUUUAUUUGGAAGUAAAAACUUUUUUUAAUUCACUUCGAUGUACGCACACGCACUCUAUAUUGUGCGUAAUAGUAUUAUGCGAGUAUUCACGACUUUAGAUCAUUUAUUGGUCUAAUCUUUCGGUAUUAGGGCUAAUUAUCGAACUAUAUGUAUCACUAUAUCUUCAGUACUGAGAUUUUUUUACGCAAGAGAUUUCUUUUAUACACACACACACACACACACACACACACAUUUACAUACUAAGCAUAUAUUUUCAUUACAUUAUGAAUAUUAAAAGUGGUUCUUUAGUAAAUUGAGUUAUCAUAGAAAUAUCUAAUUUCUUUAUAUAAUGAAGUUGAAAUACUGAAUUGAUGUAAUAUUCUACAGUAAGUUAAUAACGAUGAAAUAAGAGAAAAAAAAUGUUGAAAAUGUAACCUUUCACGUAUAACUUAUAGCGAAUUCGAUUGGACGCAUGCAGUGCGCACUGGUGCACAUUAAAGUCGUACACAAAAUAACAAAGAUAUAUUUAUACAUAAAUAUAGAAAUCGAUUAAAUCCUGAAAUACU